UGAAAAGUAUAAGAAUCAGUAGUAAACCCCCCCUAUUGAGCGUGUCUAAAGUUUGAAAUUUCUUCUCCUCAAGUUGAGAAUUAACAAUCUAAAUAUCUCUUCUUUAUUUUUUAUAUAUCAUUGAAAAUGCCUUCCAGUAACCAGCACUUGACUCUUGACCACGAGGCUAAGCUUAACCCACCAGCUGGGUUUAAAGAGAGAAGCCAUUCAAAGCCAAAUCUCCCUGACUUUGAAACUUACUCUAAGCUCUACAAAGAAUCUAUUGAAAACCCAUCCAAGUUUUUCGGUGAGCAGGCUUUGGAAAACUUGUCUUGGUCCAAGAAAUUCGAUCUUACAAGAUAUCCAGUUUCUCCUGAAAAUGACUUUAAAAAUGGUGACAUUCCAUCUUGGUUCGUUGGGGGUGAACUCAAUGCUUCGUAUAACGCCGUUGAUCGUUGGGCAUUUGCAAACCCAGAUAAGCCUGCUAUCAUUUACGAAGCCGAUGAAGUGAACGAGGGAAGAAUCAUUACAUACGGUGAGCUUUUGAAACAGGUUUCAAAGCUUGCUCAAUGUUUGACCAAAUUAGGUGUUAAAAAGGGUGACUCAGUUGCAGUUUACCUUCCUAUGAUUCCUGAAGCCUUGGUAACUCUUUUGGCAAUUGUUAGAAUCGGUGCAGUGCACUCGGUUGUAUUUGCUGGAUUUAGUUCUACAUCCUUGAAGGAUAGAAUUUUGGAUGCCGAUUCCCGUAUUGUUAUUACCGCUGAUGAAUCCAAGCGUGGUGGAAAGACAAUUGAAACCAAGAAGAUUGUUGAUGAUGCUUUGAAAGAUUGUCCAAACGUCAGAAAUGUUCUUGUUUUUGAACGUACUGGUAAUUCUCACGUUCCAUUCAACAAGAGCAGAGACUUGUGGUGGCACGAGGAAUUGGACAAAUAUGGUCCAUACUUCCCUCCAGUCCCAGUUAAUGCUGAAGACCCAUUGUUCUUGUUGUAUACCUCUGGCUCUACCGGAAAGCCAAAGGGUGUUCAACACAAUACCGCUGGUUAUCUUUUAGGUGCUGCCCUUACCACAAAGUACACUUUUGAUGUACACGAAGAUGAUAUCAUUUUCACUGCUGGUGAUAUUGGUUGGAUUACUGGUCACACCUACGUUGUAUACGGUCCUCUUCUUAAUGGUGCAACCACUGUUGUUUUUGAAGGUACUCCAGCAUACCCUAACUACUCAAGAUAUUGGGAGAUUGUUGACAAGUACAAGGUUAACCAAUUCUAUGUUGCCCCAACUGCCUUACGUCUCUUGAAGAGAGCUGGUACCAAGUACAUUGAAAAGUAUGAUCUCUCUUCUAUUAGAGUUUUAGGAUCUGUUGGUGAACCUAUUGCAGCUGAAGUUUGGCACUGGUACAAUGACAAUAUUGGCCGUGGUAAGGCCCACAUUGUUGACACCUAUUGGCAAACAGAAUCUGGAUCUCAUCUCUUGACACCAUUGGCAGGUAUCACUCCAACUAAACCUGGAUCUGCCUCAUUACCUUUCUUUGGUAUUGAUGCAAAGAUUCUUGAUCCAGUUACUGGCGAAGAAUUUACUGAAAAUAACGUUGAAGGUGUUCUUGCUAUCAAGAAUGCCUGGCCAUCUAUUACUAGAGGUAUUUUCAAUGACUACUCCCGUUAUAUUGAUACUUACCUUAAGCCAUACCCAAACCACUACUUUUCUGGAGAUGGGGCUGCUCGUGAUGCUGAUGGAUUUUUCUGGAUUUUGGGCCGUGUUGAUGAUGUGGUGAAUGUGUCUGGUCACCGUUUGAGUACUGCGGAAAUCGAAGCUGCUUUGAUUGAACAUGAAUUGGUUGGUGAAAGUGCUGUUGUUGGAUAUGCCGAUGAAUUGACCGGACAAGCUGUAGCAGCAUAUGUCUCUCUUAAGUCGUCUCCAAACGCACAAACUAAAGAAGACUUGGAUGCUAUUAAGAAGGAACUUAUCUUGACUGUUAGAAAGGAAAUUGGACCAUUUGCUGCACCAAAGUUGAUUCUUUUAAUUGAUGAUCUUCCAAAGACUAGAUCGGGUAAGAUUAUGAGAAGAAUCUUGAGAAAGAUCUUGGCAGGUGAAGAAGACCAAUUAGGUGAUAUUUCCACUUUAUCAAACCCUUCAGUCGUCGCACAUAUCAUUGACGUUGUGAAGGAUAGCACCAAGAGAAAAUUUUUCUUGAAGUAAUGAAUGUAACUUGUCUAUUUAUUAAAUAUUAUGAAGCAAUUCUUUGUAGAAAGUGAUAAUUAUGAGAAGUUAAAUCUUUUAGUAGGCUCAGGUUUGUAGUGUUUACGUUGUAUUAUG